AUGGCCGAACCUCCCAUUGGCACGGCAGUCCUCGAUGGAGGUACCGGCUUCCUCAAGGUCGGCUAUGCUGGCCAGAACUUCCCGGAACACCAAUACCCCUCCAUAGUCGGCCGACCGAUCCUGCGUUCGGAAGAGCGAGCGGGCGACAUUGUGGUCAAGGAUAUCAUGUGUGGGGAUGAGGCGGCCGCCGCAAGAUCUAUGCUUCAAAUCAGCUAUCCUAUGGAAAAUGGCAUUGUCAAGAAGUGGGACGAUAUGCAGCAUCUCUGGGACUUUACAUUCUACGAGAAACUUCGCAUCGACCCCACGGGUCGGAAAAUCCUGUUGACAGAACCGCCCAUGAACCCGCUCAAAAACCGCGAGCAGAUGUGCGAAGUCAUGUUUGAAAGAUACAACUUUGGCGGGGUGUACGUGGCCAUUCAGGCCGUGCUCGCAUUGUAUGCCCAGGGUUUGUCUUCCGGAGUGGUGGUCGAUUCUGGCGACGGCGUCACACAUAUUGUCCCAGUUUACGAAUCCACGGUUCUCAAUCACCUUACUCGCCGACUUGAUGUGGCAGGCCGCGAUGUCACCCGCAACUUGAUCGCUCUACUCCUCCGAAGAGGAUACGCGCUUAACCGAACUGCUGAUUUCGAAACUGUGCGCCAAAUAAAAGAGAAACUAUGCUACGUAUCCUAUGACCUUGCCCUCGACCAGCGCCUGUCCGAAGACACCACCGUCCUUGUGGAAUCCUACACCCUUCCCGAUGGACGUGUGAUCAGGGUUGGCAGCGAACGUUUCGAGGCUCCCGAAUGUCUCUUCCAGCCGCACCUCGUGGACGUUGAACAACCAGGCAUCGCAGAGUUUCUGUUCAACACCAUCCAGGCCGCCGACGUAGAUGUACGCUCGUCGCUGUACAAAGCCAUUGUUCUCUCUGGAGGAAGCAGCAUGUACCCUGGUCUCCCGUCGCGAUUGGAAAAGGAGCUCAAACAAUUGUGGCUGACCCGAGUGUUGGGCGGUAACCCGGAACGCCUGAAUAAAUUCAAAGUGCGGAUCGAAGAUCCUCCCAGGCGACGGCACAUGGUCUUCUUGGGAGGAGCAGUGCUCGCGAACAUCAUGGCAGACAAGGAAAACAUGUGGAUCUCCAAGCAGGAGUGGCAGGAGCAAGGGUCGCGAAUCCUGGAGAAGUUGGGUCCAAGGUAG